AUUACCUUUUAAGUUUAUGUUGGUAUCAUAUUCUUUUAAUUUUCUACUUUACUGCCCAUAUUAUAACAACCUUCACUUUCCAUCAUCAUAUUCACACACAAAAAUGUCAAGUACUUCUUCAGCUCUUGACUCUCCAAACCGUGGCUCCUCUAACCCACUUACCAAUUUCCUCCGCACCUUCUCUUCCUACAACACCAAUGUCAUGCUGGCGGCACUCAUUUCCCUGCUUCUCGUCAUCCUCUUUGUUCUACUCCUCCACCUCUACGCCAGGUGGUUCUUGGCUCAGGUUCGCCAGAGGCGUCGACCCACCUCCGCUUCGGUUUCCCACGCCCUCCAACCCGACCGAUUCCACCAUUUCCACGCAUUCAAUUUCGACCCAGCUUUCCCAAUGUCCCCCUCUAAGGGUCUCGACUCUGCCGCCAUCUCCUCCAUUCCGUUGUUCGUUUACAAGUCCGAUGAAUCCAAACUUGGUUUGGAAUGUGUUAUUUGUUUGAGUUCCUUCGAGGACAACGACGUCGGCAGAGAAUUGCCCAAGUGCGGCCAUGGUUUUCACGUCGACUGCAUUGACAUGUGGCUCCACUCUCACUCCAACUGCCCCAUUUGCAGAGCUCCUCUGGCGACUGAAAGUAAGCUUGCCAUUGAAGCGAACCCUGUCGAGGACAACACAGGGGAAUCACCGAUGACGGAUGUCGUCAUUGAUGAGGAAUCUGAAAAUGAUUAUCAAGAUGAUGAGGCUUCAUCUUCAUCUUCAUCUUCAUCAUCUUCUUUAGGAUGUUCAUUAAAGAGAAUGCUGAGCUGGAAUAGAUCAGAGCAAAAGGUUCUUCAGAGAUCUAAUGCUACUGAGGUGCGCAAUGCGGGUUGGUCCAGAUUAGUCGGGGCGAAACCUGGAUACCAGUUUAAGAAACCAAAAAUAAAAAACUAGGAAGCAUUGAGGGUGGCUGAACGCUCAGGUCUAUAAUGGAGGACAGGAGCUAUUUGGUACAAAAACCAUUGUGGCACCGGUUAAUAUUUAUCAGACUUUGCAUCAAUUAUAUGAGAGAGAGAGAGAGAGGAAGAGAAGGGCAUCAACAACACAAUUGCAAAGGACAGGUAAGUGCGUAGUUAGUUGUAGACAU